AUGGCAGCCACAGUCACCUGCAGCAAGGACUCCCUGCUCAACUGGCUGAAGAACCUGGGGGAGGCCUUGGAUGGAGCCAUCCAGGAGUUCACUCUCUCCUGUGCUGGCUACUGUGUGGCCAUGUACGUGCUGGGCAUUGGUGAUUGGCACAGCGACAUCAUGAUCCGAGCGAGUGAGCCACUGUUCCACAUUGAUUUUGGCCACUUUCUGGGGAAUUCCAAGAUGAAGUUUGGAAUCAACCGCGAGCGUGUCCCGUUCAUCCUCACCUGUGACUUUGUCCAUGUGGUUGAGCAGGGGAAGACUAACAAUAGUGAGAAAUUUGAAAGGUUCCGGGGCUACUAUGAAAGGGCCUACACCAUCCUGGGGCUUCUCUGUCUCCACCUCUUUGCCCUCAUGUGGGCGGUAGGACUGCCUGAGCUCAGGUGCUCUGAAGACAUCCAGUAUCUCAAGGACUCCCUGGCACUGGGGAAAACAGAGGAGGAGGCGCUGAAGCACUCUUUUGAUGGCAAAAUCAUUAUUUUCAGGGGAAACAUUAAGCUCAGGUGGCUGGAGGACGUGUUAGUGAGACAGGACCUGGUGGGGCUCCCCCUUGCUGCGCAGUUGCAAGCUAGCGCUGACCACAGACAAAAUCCUUCGUUCUGCACAGCCAUGUUGCAAAAGCUCCUUCUGGGGAACAGAGGAGAUAAGGUGCUCCAGCGUCAGAUCAAGACAAACUCAUUUCGGAAGAUGAACUAG